CCUUUGCGGAUCAAAUACAAUUGGCGAGAGAUGAACUACGGAUGGGAAGGGGAAAGAAACAAGAACAUUCUGAGGAAGUGCUACGAACACUGAGCGCUAGAUUAGAAAAUAAAGAAAAACUGUUUGAAGCAGAAAUGAAAAAGUACAGCUCUCAAUUAGAGGAGCUGCAGAGACAAAAUGAAAACCUAGAGAAGACAAUUGCGCAACUCCAAGAGCAAAAGGAAAGGAAAGAAGAUUUUCCUGUAGCAGAACAACUGCAGAGAGAAAUUGCCCAACUCAAGGAGGAAAAGGGGAACUUGGAGAAGAGAAUAAAAGAACUACAGGAGGAAAAGGAGGAACUCCAGGAGGAAACAGAUGAAAUGAAGAAGGAAUUAGAAUGGAGAAGGGCUCGGAACAAUUCAGAUGAUAUCACUCUUCACAGAGUCACGGCCCACCCCAACAUCUCCAUUGCUGACAAUAAGAAGAGUUUGAAACAUGAAGCCCAACCUCAGCAAGUUCCACCAAAUGCAGAGAGGUUCGAUUCGACCAUCUGUGUGUUGGGCUGUGAAGGAUUCUCCUCUGGAAAGCACUACUGGGAGGUGGAGGUUGUGAGCAGCACUGACUGGGACCUGGGGGUGGCCAGAAAAUCAAUACAGAGAAAUGGAAAACUUUCCCUGUCCCCUAAAGAGGGAUUCUGGGCUCUGGGUCUGAGUGGGAGAGAUUAUUGGGCAAAAACAGACCCAUGGACCCGGGUCAUGGUGCAGAAAAAGCCCCAGAAAAUUGGAGUUUAUCUUAGUUACCAAGACAGGCAGGUGACUUUUUUCAAUGUAACUGAUAUGUCUGUGUUGUUCACAUUUAACAAUUGUUCAUUCUCAGGAGAGGUUUAUCCAUUCUUUAAAAAUUCACACAAAGAAACAACAAUGAGAAUUUGUUCAAUUAAAGAGGAAUAAACAUAACAUGGCACUGAUGCUGAUUUUAUACUGGGGUAACUGAAAUCAAGGUUUUCAUGAAUGUAUUUUGAUGUAAAAAAGCUGUUUUUUAAAAAACUGUACAUUGUCAUGCUGUCUUGAUUACAUGUUUUGCAAUAAAAUGUUUUCAUUUCC